GUGAAGAUCAUGUUCUCAUUACGUCAGCGGUACUUGGAAGGCCGUGCUCCCGGUGACUACUGGACUACUACUGAGUAGUGAGCGGCGCGUUGUAGUCGAGAUCAAGGAGACGACAUGGACAAACCAAGUACCGUGCCUCCAGCAUCGCCAUCCAAGCAACGAGAUGCUUUCGCGUACCAGACUCGUCUCCUACAGCGUACUUCUUCUCGAUCGUCUACCAAUUCUCUUACGCGAAAUUCGUCCAUCUCAUCGCGCCCAACUUCCCUCGUGAGCCCAACUACAACUGGUUCUAGCUCAUCCGUUGUUGCUGCUAAUAGACGAUGGACGCCUUCACACCGGCCGGGUACCAGUCUUGACCUUGUACGCGACAAAUGGGAGGAGCGUGCACGCGCAGAAGCUGCACUUGAAGGACGCAGGCCGGUCAGUCCAACAAAGCAAAUAGAAACUACUCCCAGUGGUGGUCCUUUUCUGGGUCGCAGUGAUAGUAUAUCUACUAUCUCUAGUUCAUCCUCGUUCACAGAUUCCAGUUUCCAACGAACCCCGACUUAUCUCAAACGUCAUACUGUCUCUCCGUCCCUUCCUCCACAUAUCGUAGCGACUCCGUUGUCACCAAAUACUACUGGAAUAACUGUCGAGAAUCCAGAUUCACCCACAAGCUCAUUUGCUACCCCGACUCCUCAUCGUAUACGUCUCCCAACCUCGGCAUCUCUUCAUUCUUCAUCAAUAUCUGACAUCAAAGAACUUGCUGAUCAUACUGCACAUCAACCUAUCUCCCUUGAUUCUCCAUCCCCACCCAUGCGGAGAACAAAUACCCUAGAUAACAGCACCCUAGAUUCUCCUACCCGUGAUUCAGUGUCACGAACACCCGACCCAACCGUAUUCACGGUGAUCAACCCUCCAUCUAGCCCCUCGAAGCCUUUGUUUACACCUACAACUAUCCGCCGUCGUCCCACGUCGCUCUAUGGCCCACAGUCCUCCCCAGAGAAGGAUCCCUUGUCCGGUCGCUCCUCCGCGAGCCAGGAUCUUACCGACCAUAUCUUACGAACUCCAACUCGCAAUCCACGAGUGUCCGACCACAAACCUCCAGAUCCCACAUCCAAGUUGCCAGACCUUACCUCCAGGAUAUCUGCAUAUACGUCCCGAUUCGACUCUCGUUCUUCUGAUGCCACUUCCCGUCCUGUUGAGAACGUCUCCCCAAGCGUCCCGCCAACAAUGGACCGCACUUCCCGUGUCCCUGACCUUGCUACUCGCGUUUCGGAAUACACUUCUCGUCUUAACUCUUCCGAACGCCCGUCUCCCUCUCCUACCCACACCCCUACGUCAUCCUUCGCGUCCACUCAGAAUUCCUUCACAUCAGCCUCUUCUUCGCAUACGCCCAGUUCCUCGAUCGCAUCGAUCCCCUCCACCUCUUCUGUAAUGUCCCCGACCCCCUAUCGUUCCUCAUAUAUGGCAAACAAGAAGACAUCAACUUAUGGUCAAAUUGCUGGGCGCAAACUAGGUCGCCAUCUCCCCCGUAUCGCGAGCGGGGAUGCAGGCGAUGACUGGGUCGAUGAGCAGAAGCCUAAUCCACCACCGCAACUUGAACAGAAUGCUGUUCCUGUGGAUGAUUCCCAGGUGGUGUCGCGACGAGCGCGACGUCAUUCGAGGUAUGAGCCUCCGCCUUCGCCUGUUACAGAGGAAGUUGUUGCAGGGAUGGCGAACACCUCCGACGUCAGUGGCAUCCCGGGGCGAUUGCGUCUCUCGCGGGACAAAACGCCAGCGAGCCCAACUGCACCGACACCCCUUCCUUCCUCUCGCUUGACGAGAGGUCUGUGGGCCGAUGUGCAGAGACAUCUGCUGCAAGCGUAUGAAUAUCUGUGCCAUGUGGGAGAGGCGCAGCAAUGGAUUGAGGGUUGCCUUGGGGAAGAGCUGGGCUUUGGGGUGGUGGAGAUGGAAGAAGGAAUGAGGAAUGGUGUUGUGUUAGCCCGGCUUGUCAGGGUGUUUAAGGGGGAAGGAGGGUUCAGGAUUUACGAGGCUCGAAAGCUAAAUUUCCGCCACUCGGAUAAUAUCAAUCAUUUCUUUGUUUUUGUCAGGGAAGUAGGAUUGCCCGAGGGAUUCAUAUUUGAAUUGACCGAUCUAUACGAGAAGAAAAACUUUCCAAAGGUCAUUUACUGCAUACACGCACUUAGUCAUCUCCUCGCCCGUCGUGGUCUCGCCGAAUGCAUUGGAGAUCUUCUCGGCCAACUACAAUUUUCCGAUGACCAGUUGCAGAAGACGCAAAAAGGUCUCACUGACGCAGGUAUUCCGAUGCCCAACUUCGGCAAUGUCGGCAGGGAACUGGCAAAGGAAAUCAACGAGGAGCCUGAUCCACCACCACCAGAGCCAGAGGAAAGUGAGGAGGAACGGCGCGAUCGCCUGCUCUUGGAGAAUGAGGAUUCGAUACGUUUGGUCCAAUGUCUAGCCCGUGGGUUCCUGGUCCGCAAAGCACAAGCGACACAACGCGUUCGUUUGCGUCUAACUGAACGAUACGUUCCUCGCCUGCAAGCACAUCUCCGAGGUGCUCUUGCCCGACGCACCGUUUCCGUCUCCCGUCAGCAGACACGUGACAUGACCCCCUGGGCUGUUCGUUUGCAGGCUGCUGUCCGCGGCGCACUCGUCCGUCGGCGUUGGAGAGCAUACGUUACCCGCAUCAAAGCAGUCUCUCAAUACGUAGUGAAGACCCAGGCCCAGAUUCGCGGUGUCCUCGUACGUCGGCGAUUUGAGAAGCUAAAGGCGGCUCUCAGGAGCGCCCGUGCGGUCGUGGUGAAAAUGCAAUCAACUGCACGUGCCAAAAUUGCGAAACGGAACCAUAGCGAAGUGGCAAAGACGUUCGCGCGUGCGGAGGUGGCGUUGUCUGUGGUGAAUCUUCAGGCUACUGCGCGCGGCUUCCUCCGACGGCGAGCGAUCUCGAGAAAGCUCAGAGCAUUAGAUGCAGAGGAGGGGAGCGUUUUGGAUUUACAGGCGCAGUGUCGAGGCGUGCUUGUGCGGAGGCGCAUACGGACGCAGCUCGCCAAGCUGGAUGAUGUUUCUGCGACUGUUGUGCGCAUACAGGCGGCUGUGCGGACCUAUCUCGCACGCAAACGCCUCCUUCAGCUCAUCCGAGGUUUGCGCCGUGCGACUCCUAUGCUUAUUGGUCUGCAAGCGCGUGCACGCGCAAGUCUGGCUAGACAACAGCACCAUAAUGUUGCCAAAGCCCUGAGCGAGGUGAAGGUCGUGGCGAGUGUUGGAGGGUUCCAGGCUCUCGCACGGGCUGCGAUCAUGCGCAACCGCCACCGUGAGCAGCAGAAAAAGCUGGCGUUUGUCGCGCCGGAUGUGAACGGGCUCGAGGCAGUGGCACGGGGGUACCUCGUCAGGAGGGAGUAUCAUGCAUGGCGAGACCAUUUGCGGCGGAGUCAGCCUGCAGCAACGAUGUUACAGGCUUUGCUCCGUGGAGUGCUGCAGCGGAAGAAAUUCCGUGCGAAGAUGCAGUAUUACCGUACAAACCUCGAUAAGGUCGUCAAGAUCCAGUCGCUCUUUAGGGCCAAGGAAACUAGGGAGCAGUACAGGCAACUCACGCUGGGCAAGAACGUCACUGUCGGAACGAUCAAGAACUUCGUGCACUUGUUGGACGACUCGGAGGCGGACUUCCAGGAUGAGAUCAAGGUGGAGCGGCUGAGGAAGCGCGUGGUGGAGGGUAUUCGUGAAAACCAGGCUCUCGAGAGCGAUGUCAGUGAUCUCGACGUCAAGAUCGCGCUUGUCGUGCAGAAUGUCAAGUCUUUCGAGGAGCUGAUUAAGGCGCGGAAGCGGUACGGUGCGGACAGCGCUGCUGCUCACGCUACUAGGGCGUCGAUCCUUGCGGCGCAUGGUGAUCCUUUUGCGGGCCCGAAUACCCUUGACCAUGCGGCAAAGAAGAAGCUUGAACUGUAUCAGCAGCUAUUCUAUCUUCUGCAAACGAGAGCAGAGUAUCUGAGUGGGCUCUUCGUUCAGCUUUCUGAUGACACCGCGGAGAAGCACAGAAGGUUGACAGAGCGGGUCGUGCUCACGUUGUUUGGGUAUGGUCAGGAUCGAAGGGAGGAUUAUCUUUUCUUGAAGUUAUUCCAGCUUUCGAUACGACAGGAAAUCUUGGCUGCACCGUCGAUUUCCGAUGUCGUACGUGGACACCCGAUGUAUAUCAACAUAGCAGUGCAGUACGUCCGCCCGCGACAGGUCACGUACAUCCGCGAAACGCUGCAGGGAAUCAUUCGCGAGCUCAUGGAAGCUGUCGACCUUGACCUAGAAUCUGAUCCUACAGUGAUUCAUCGAUCACGAAUAAACGUGGAGGAAAUGCGGUCGGGAAUCGCAAGCACGAAGCCAAAAGAUGUUCCGUUUUACGAAGCUUUGAAGGACCCUGAUACCAGGGCUGAGUACAUUAGACAUCUCCAGAAACUUCAGUGGUGGACUGAAGCCUUUGCUGCAUCCAUAUUCGAAUCGACUCGUAGGAUGCCCUACAGCAUGCGAUUCGUGGCGCGGGAAACGCUCCUUUCGUUGAAAGACAAAUUUCCUGGCGCGCCCGAUGAAGUGUACGCAGCCUGCAUAGGCAGGCUGGUAUAUUACAGGUAUCUGAACCCCGCCAUCUUAUCGCCUGAAAACUUUGAUAUGGUCGCAUCAGUAGAUAUUGCAACCAGGAAGAAUCUCGCGCAGAUCUCCAAGGUCCUGACACAGGUUGCAUCAGGCUCUGAGUUCUCGGAAGAUCAGCCCAACUAUGUGCCUAUUAACGAGUGUGUACGUACAUUGAUGACGCAGAUGACGAAUUGGCUAGUGCGAACGGUCGCGGAUGUCCCCGAUGCUGAAAGCCAUUACCAUGCCCACGAGUUCCUGGAUGCGACUGUACAACCAAAGCCUAUUUACAUCUCACCGAAUGAAGUGUACGGGAUGCAUGUACUGCUCUCACAAUAUCAAGAGAAAUUGUCUCCUGCUCGACACGAUGCAUUGCGUGUUAUUCUGCACGAGCUAGAUGGUGUACCUCAUCUUGACAACGAUGAGCUCAAGGAUGCUAGGGAUCGUGCUGUCACUCUGGAGCUGACGAAUAGGUUCGCUCAUGUCAGAGAUCCGAAAGCUGACGAGAAAGCACUCUGGGUGCAAGCAAAGCGUGGCGUGCUUGCAAUCUUACGCGUCCAACCCGCGCAAGAUCUUGUUGAAUCUUUGAUGCGUCCCGUGAGCGAUAACGAUGAGCUCCGCUGGGAGACUAUCGUAACCGAAAUGGACAAUGAACCAAUGCCACGACGUAUGCCUUCAACCUCUGCCGGCGACUCGGCAUACAGGCUAGAAGACAUUCGAUCGUUGUCUUUCAAAGAAGUCAAAGCUCAUGCCAUUUUCUUCCUUCUUGAGCUCGAGAAACAGGGGAAGAUUACGCGCAGCGACGGAUUCCAAGGCAUUCUGAAUGCCAUUGCCAGCGAUGUCCGCAGCAAGCACCGCAAGCGGUUACAGCGUCAACAGGAGAUGGAUAGCAUGGUAGAUGCAUUGAAGCACCUUUCCGAUCGCAAGACAUAUUUUGAAGAGCAAAUCGACAGCUAUCACAAUUACGUUGAAGCUGCGAUGGCGACCAUGCAGCGAGGCAAAGGGAAGAAGCGUUUUGUUCUACCGUUUACCAAGCAGUACUUCCACUUGCGCGACUUGCAGAAGUCAGGGAAGAAUCCUCAGUUUGGAUCUUUCAAAUACAGUGCAAAGGACUUGUACGAGAAGGGCAUCCUACUCUCCAUCGAUCAAUUCUCUCCUCGUCAGUUUGAUAAAAUCGACAUCACUAUUUCUUCCAACAAACCUGGCAUCUUCACAAUGGAAGUGUUCAAUAACACGCUUGGGAUCACCAAUCGGAUAGCAUCUAGUGAUCUUCGUAUGGAAGAUUUGUUGCAAGCUCAAUUCGAGAACCAGGCUUCCCUUCCCUUAUUCAAUGGCCUGGCAAAGGUUAACAUCAGUUUGUUGCUCUACCAGAUCAAUAAGAAAUUUUAUGUUUAGUCUAUGCUUGUUCUCGGACGAUUUUGCAUAACUCAUCUCAUAUCUACUGAUUUUUUGCCUCUGCAUCUUGCAUCAUAUAUCUUCGCAUUUUUUACAUGUAACUGUAGUCCAUCAUAUGCAUACAAUUCUGUAUUUUUCUGCAUAUAAAAAAGCCCGGGCCAUUGGAUCCGCAUCACC